AUGGUUUCAUUCUCCCUAUUCAUCCUCUGUUCCUUAAUCCUCCUCGUCCAACCUUCUUCCUCCACGCAGCCUCUCAAUUUUGAACCCGAUAACAUCGAACUCCUCGGCGACGCCCACGUUGUCGCCGUCAACGACGCCCCCUCCCAUGUGCACCUCACGCACCCCACCCCCUCCUCCUUCGGCCUCCUCCGCCGCCCCCACCCUCUAUUCUUCGCCGGCAGCACCACCAACUUCUCCACAGAAUUCUCCUUCUCCAUCUCCGGCGAUGGCAGCGGCCUCCUCCUCGUCCUCACCGCCGCUGGCGGCAACGGUUCGGAUUCCGUUGCCGUUGAGUUUGAUACGUCCAAGGAUGACAAUGUCGGCGACCCCAACUUGAACCACGUUGGCAUCGACGUCGGAAGCCACAUGUCCGUGGCUGUCGUGAAUGUUUCCGAUGUGAAUCUUGUUCUCAAUAGCGGGGAAAAGUUGAAUGCUUGGGUUGAUUAUAAUGGUGGUUAUAAGGUGUUGGAAGUCAGGUUAAGCAAAUGGGGUGAUCAAAAGCCUUCUGAUCCCAUUGUUUCUCAUGAGAUUGAUUUUUCCAAGUUAUGGGGCGAGAAUCCUGUGUUUGCCGGUAUAAGUUCUUCCAAUAGUGCCCUUUCGGUGCAGGUUGUUAGUAUCUAUUCGUGGAGGCUUAGUUUGAAGAAAGCUUCACAUGGGUUGCACUCUCUAUCUGCCGAUCGGCAUGAUUUAUCUGAGGACGAGCAUAGGAGACUUUGUCCUUUGACGGUUCUUGCUGGGGUGAUUUUUGGAACUGGGUGCGUUGCGUUGGUGACGUUUGUGGUGCUGUUUAUGUGGGUGAUUUUCUUCCAAAAGGGCCCAGAGGAGUCUCUUGCCAGAAUCCCUGAUCACACUUCGGAUAUCAAGUAUGAAAGAAUUGAUGUGGCUGUUGACAAGAAUCCGCACGAUGAUGAGAGUUAG